CAACCAGGAGCUCUUUACACAGAAACAUGAGCGUACGCCUCUUUGAGGGUAGAGACCAUGCAGCCGCAUACCUGCAGUACAGAGUGACCCCUGAUGAAUUGAUCAGCACGGUUAUGAGCUACAUGAAGAACAAGGAACCAAACCAGUGCAAUCUGGCUGUGGAUGUGGGCUGUGGGUCGGGGCAAGGGACGGUCCUUUUGGCUCCGUACUUCACCAAGAUUGUUGGAACAGACGUCAGCCCCGCUCAGCUGGAGAUGGCUCUGACCAAUGAAAACCCUCCAAAUGUUUCAUACAGGGAGUGUCCAGCGGAGAAGCUACCGUUUGCUUCUGGUGAGGUGGACCUUGUGAUGGCCGUAACGGCGGCUCACUGGUUCGACCGGGAGAAGUUCCUCCUGGAAGCUGACAGGGUGCUGAGGCCUGGAGGCUGCCUGGCUCUGCUGAGCUACUCUAUGAACAUAGAGCUGGAGUACGGGGACGUCUCCAACACGACACUCAACGACAUCUGCAAAGAGUUUCACGAUGCCCUGCGUCCCUUCCGAAAUCCCUGUCUGGGAACGAGCAGUGUGGACCUCUACUCAGCAUUGUUUGACUCCUGCUCGUACCCUGACAAAGAGUGGAAUGAGUGUCUGAAGAUAAAGAGGAUCUUGCCACUGAGCGGAUACAUCGGCAUGGUGGAGACCUACUCCAGCUUCCAGGAACUGCUGCAAAGGGAUCCUGUUGAGGCUGAACGUCUGUCCACUGACACAAGGAACAAGUUGACGUCUGCCAUGAAGGCGUCGUCUCCUGACCCAGAGGUCACGAUGGUUGUCAAGUAUUUCUACUGGCUGGCCCGCAAGCCACUCUGACUGAAUCCUGC